GUGAAGCUAAUGAUCCUGUUCCUCCUUUGUCACCCUGCAUCUGCAGUGAUCAAUCUUCUGAAUUAUUUUGUCACUGGAUCCUCUGGUGACCCAAACAUCUCAGAAUUUAUGUAUGUUGGAGUGGUUGAUGGAACAGAAGUGUAUUAUUGUGACGGCAGCAAGAAGAUAUUGGAACCAAGACAGGACUGGGUGAAAAAAUUAUUUGAUGACAAACCUGACAUCUUGGAGUGGUUCACCCAAGAGUGUUUUGAGUUCCAGACAAACUUUUACAGAAGUUUGAUUUCUGAUUUGAACCAACAUUUAAACCAAAGCGGAGGUGUUCACAUUUUGCAGUGUAUGAUUGGUAAUGAAUGGAAUAAAAACUCUGGUGAGGUGACAAGCUUUUUACACUUAGGUUAUGACAGAGAAGGCAUCUUUGAAUUUGAUCUAAAUACAAAGACAUGGAUCCCACUGAAACCAGAGCUUUACAGUGCAAAACAGAUGAUGGGUGGUGACAGAAUUACAUACAUGGAAACCCUCCUCCGUGACGUAAUGCCAAACACGAUGAGGUUAUUGUUGGACUAUGGGAGCAGCGCCUUGAAUAAAACAGUUCUUCCCUCAGUGUCUCUCCUCCAAAAGACUCCCUCCUCUCCAGUCAGCUGCCACGCUACAGGUUUCUAUCCUGACAAAGUCAUGAUGUUCUGGAAAAAAGAUGGCGUGGAGAUUCAUGAGGGUGUGGAUCUUGGAGAGAUCCUCCCCAACAAUGAUGGGACCUUCCAGAUGAGUGCUGAUCUGAAUGUUUCAUCAGUCAGACCUGAAGACUGGAGCAGAUACGACUGUGUGUUUCAACUCUCUGGUGUUGAGAACAUCAUCCAACUGGAUAAAACAGUAACCAGAACCAACCAGGCAGAGAGAACUGAUAAUCCCUCUGACAUGACAGCUCCAGUCAUUGCAACAGUGGUGGUUCUUCUUAUUUUCGUCCUCGUUGCUGCUGUUGGAUUUGCUGUUUACAAAAAGAAGAAAGCUCCUGAGAACAACACUGAAGUCUCCGUGAGACUGAAUCAAGAGACCAUCACGGCACCGUCUAUAUAGUGUUCUUUUUUUAAAUUU